AUGCAGAGUUCGGAGGGUGGCUCAGACUCAGCAGCUUCGGUGGCACUUCACACUUCUGCGUCAGCCCAAGCUCCGGUAGUGCAGCCGGUGCCAGCGUCUCAGCAGAGGGUUUUGGUCCAAGCAGCAGGCUCCGCUCCCAAAGGAGCGCAGAUGCAGCAAAUCUCUGUUCCCAGAGUUCAGCACGUUCCACAACAGGUGCAAUCCGUGCAGCACGUAUAUCCAUCCCAGGUCCAGUAUGUGGAAGGAGGAGAAGCUGUUUAUACCAAUGGAACCAUACGAGCCGCCUACUCCUACAACACCGAAGCUCAGAUUUACGCCCCCAGCAGUGCAGCAUCCUAUUUCGAACCGCAGGGAGGUGGAGCUCAGGUGACUACAGCGGCAUCCUCUCCUACAGCCAUUCCCUCUCACAACAUGGUGGGCAUCACCAUGGACAUUGGGGGAAGUCCGAUCCUCUCCGGCUCGGGAGCCUAUCUCAUUCAUGGGGGGAUGGAAAACACUAGACAUUCUCUGUCACAUACUUCACGCUCCUCUCCAGCAACGCUUGAAAUGGCGAUUGAAAACCUACAAAAAAAUGAAGGGAUUACAUCACACAAAAGCAGUUUGCUCAACAGCCAUCUCCAGUGGUUGUUGGACAACUACGAGACGGCGGAAGGCGUUAGCCUUCCCAGGAGCUCUCUCUACAACCAUUACCUGCGGCACUGCCAGGAGCACAAACUGGAUCCAGUGAACGCCGCUUCCUUUGGAAAACUGAUCCGGUCGGUGUUCAUGGGGCUGAGGACUCGCCGCCUGGGAACCAGGGGAAACUCCAAAUAUCAUUAUUACGGGAUCCGUCUAAAACCAGAGUCUCCACUGAACCGUUUGCAGGAGGACACCCAGUACAUGGCAAUGAGGCAGCAGCCCAUCCACCAGAAGCAAAGGUAUAGACCAGCACAGAAGAUGGAUGGCAUGGCAGAGAGCGGGUCCAAUAGUAACCCGCACACUACGCCGGAGCAAUCCGUUGCUGCUCAGAGUCAACAUCAUCAGCAAUUCAUAG